AUGGUACUUAAAUUACCAGCACUUGAGUUUACUGAGGCACUUACUGAUUCGCCUGAAUUUCGCGAAAAAUUACGUCAGCAUGAAAAUGAACUUGAAAAUACAUCGAAUGCAAUAAAAACUUUAAUUAAAAAGUUAAAUGAAGUUAUGGUAGCAAAUAAAACUUUAUCAAAAGCAUCACGCAGUGUUGCAGAAACAUUGAAAAGUUUUAAAUUUUUUGUUGUUGGAAGUAAACAGACAGACGAAGAACGUGAUAUAGAGUCAUCACUUUCAUACAUGGGUGAAGUGUUACAUCGAAUAGAGGAAGCACGAGAUGCACUUAAUGUUUCAUCUGAAACCUAUUUAAAAAAAUUAGAUGAAUUUCGAAAAACAACAAUUGGCAAAGCAAAAAAUAAGAAAAAAGAAUUCGAUAAAACAACACAACGUUAUUGUGCAAUGGUUGAAAAUAAUAUGAAAAUACCAACCAAACGAUCUGAUUUAUUUCAAGAAGCUGAUGCAAAUCUUCAAAUGCAAACAAAAAAGUUUCGAGAAGAAACACUUGAUUAUGUUUUUUUAUUACAACAAGUACAAGAAAGAAAAAAAUUUGAUUUUGUUGAAACAUUGUUAGCCUUAAUGCUGAAUUUUCUAUCAUUCUAUCAUGCAGGACAAGAAAUUUAUAAAGAAUUUGAUUAUUUUAUUCGAUUUUUACAUCAUCGUGUUUUAAAAUGUCGAGAAAAUUUUGAUUGUUUUCAACGAGAAGGUGAAGAUUUAAAGUGGAAAAUGUUAAUGAGACCAGAAGAACAUUUACUUAAAAAUCAAGAAUUCGAUCGUGAAGGUUAUCUAUUUCUUAUUGAACGAAAUAAAAUUAUUGGUACCACUGCAGCAACUAAACACUAUUGUCAAUAUAGAAAAGAUAUUGGUCUACUUCGAUUGAUUACAUUUACUCAAACAAGUACAAAACAGUUAACUCCCUACGAUGUUUUUGUUCGUCAUUGUUUUGUUCAUCCGGCUGAUGAAAAAUUGGAUAAACGCUUCAUGUUUGAUUUACAUGUGAUUGAAAAAGGCGCAUCAUCGGAAAAAAUGCUAAUAUUUACAUUUCAAGCUAUGAAUGAAGAAGAUUUCGAAGGAUGGGUAUCCAUUACUGGCGGGCUAAUACAUGUAUCUAAACCAGAACUAUCAUCAAAGCCUGAAAUGCAAAAUGAAUUGGAUGACUCGGGCAUUGAUUUUGUUAAGAAGUGUAUUCAAGUAAUUGAACGGCGUGGUCUUGAUGAGCAAGGUCUUUAUCGGGUUGUUGGAAUGCAAUCGAAAGUUAAUUCUGUAGUAGCUGGUCAUUUUGAUGCACAUAAAACACUUGCACAACGAUUAGCAACACCCGUCGAAGAAGAUAUAGAACUUAAAACUAUAUGUUCAGCACUUAAACUUUAUUUACGAACAUUAAAAGAACCUGUUUUUACGUUUAAAUUACACAAUAGAUUCAUCGAAGCAGCAAUGAUUGACGAUAAAGCUGAUCGUAUUCGAACACUUCAUACUUUAUUAAAAGAAUUACCUAAACAUAAUUAUGAUUUAUUAUAUAUUCUGAUGUCACAUUUACAUAAAGUGUCUCAACAUAAUGAAAAAAAUCUUAUGACUCCUGUCAACUUAGGUGUUUGCUUUGGUCCAUCAUUACUUCGGCCUGAAUUUGAAACUGUUUCAUCUAUAUAUGAUAUAAAAUUUCGUAAUGCUAUUGUUGAAUUAAUUAUAAUACAUAAUGAAAAAAUGUUUCAAUCUAAACUUGAACAACAAGAUAUCGAUGAAAUGGUUGGCUCAAGUGAACAAGAUCAACCUACUGGCGUCAAUCUAAGCAAUUCACUAUCAUCAUUAGCUUCUAUUGUAAGGCGAGCACCACCACCGACCAACGACAUGAUUGAAACAACAGCUGAUGCGCGCCGACGAGGUUUAUAUAAUCCGGAUUAUCAUAUCAAUGAAACAAAUAAACAUUUAUUUCCUCCUAUGCCAGAAGAUACCGUUAGAAAAGAAUCAAGUUCGAGCAGUAGUUUAGAAUCUCUUAGUAAUAUAUCCGCUACUGUUCAACCAACACCAAGUUUGAAUCCAUUCAGUGGUAUUAGCAGUCAAAUACGCUCAAUCUCAUCAUCAUCAUCAUCGUUUGCCAAACAAAUAUCAUUAUCUGACACUCAAAGUCGUUUAUCGACCGCAAGUACAAAUCUUUCAAUAUCAUCAAAAACUGAGCCAACAAUUACUCCAUCCUCGACAAUACGAAAAUCAUCGAUAACAAACAUCGCAAAUCCUACGCCGAAAUUACCAACUCGAGGUGUAACAUUAUAUCCUUGUGCGGCUGAUAACGAUUCAGAAUUAUCUUUUAACGCGAAUGAAAUUGUUACUCAGAUUCGAUCAUCGAAAGAACCUGGUUGGCUCAUGGGUACAAUUAAUGGUAAAACUGGCCUAAUUCCAGAAAACUAUAUAAAUUUUACGGGAGGCGUAUGA